AGGAUCACUGUCAGUUAAGAAAGCUGUCAUUUAUGCAAGAAGUGAGCUGUUGAAUGUCUCACGAAAUCAUUGUUAUUAUACAAUAAAGUGGUGAGCCAAGAACAAGGAAGAUGUUUUCUCCGCGGGUCCUGAAGUCUGCAUCGUCCCUAAUGUGCAGAGGGUUUUCCACGGGUCAAAUGUGCCGACAAGGGAAAGCACCAGAUAUGGCUGAGGGAAACACAUUUUUACUUGUGAGCAAUGUUCGCAACAGGCUGAGGGAGAUAGUCGGAGCAUCCACCAACUGGAAAGAUCAUCAGCAAGCAUUAGCUGAGCGUGCAUCACUAAGCCAGUAUCUCGCACAGAGUCAAGAUGAACUUCCUGCAAAGACAAUGAAGGACAGCGCAAUUGAGGCGCAUCUUCCUCUGGGUACCCAGCCUGCCUUGAGAGAGAAAUACCUCAACUAUCACAACAGUGUCAGGUUUGGAAGGAUUUUGGAGGACUUGGACAGUUUAGCAGUGCUCAUCUGUUACUCUCACACAUGGAAUAAGGAGCUGAAAAGAUCUCCACUGUCUAUUGUCACCGCCCUAGUGGACAAGAUCGACAUGAGAAAAAACAUCAUCUACCCUGACUGUGACAUCAAGUUCACAGGUCAUGUGACGUGGGUUGGCAAAACCUCAAUAGAAGCUAAAAUGCACAUGUCUCAGUAUCAUGAUGGGGCGUACACUGAUGUAUUAGAUGCCACUUUUGUAAUGGUGGCUCGAGAUCCUGAAAACAAAAGGGCAGCUUUUAUAAACCCACUAAAACUAGAGAGUCCAGAGGAAGAGGCAAUUUUUCAGCAAGGAGAGAUUAACAAGACAAGGCGUGUGGAGCUGAGCACAGCAUCUCUUCUGAAAGUGGCUCCUACAGCUGAGGAGAGGACUCUCGUUCACAACCUGUUCCUCAACACUCUAGACACACGAACUGUCAGCUUUCGGAGUCGUAUUUUACCACCCAACUCCGUGUGGAUAGAAGAUGCCAAAAUGAAAGGGCUUGAGAUUUGCCAUCCACAAGAAAGAAAUAUCUUCAACCGGAUAUUUGGUGGAUUUUUGAUGAGAAAGGCCUAUGAACUUGGUUGGGCGAAUGCUUGUGCAUUUGCUGGAUGCAGACCAACGCUGGUGGCUGUAGAUGACAUUGUAUUUCGAAAGCCAGUAGAAAUCGGCUCUUUGCUAUUGCUGUCCUCACAGGUUUGUUACACUGAAGGGAUGCACAUCCAGGUCAGGGUUCACACAGAGGUGCUUGACCCAUUGACCCGGCAACACAGCACCACAAAUGUGUUUCACUUUACUUUUCGUGUUGAGAAGGAUAUCCCAGCUAUUGUUCCACAGAGCUAUGGAGAGUCUAUGCUUUACCUGGAUGGAAAGAGGCACUUUGAUGAGACCAUGAGGAGCCAAGGUUGAGCAUCUGGGAUGUGCUGAUAGGAUGAGAUUCCUGCCAAAGCUGCGAUGAUGGUCACCGCUGUAGUUACAUGAGAGUGUAUGUGUGGAUUCGACUAUUAGUUUUUUAGUUCCGUUCAUUUUAUAUUCACAAUAUAUUUUAUUGUUCGCUGCAUUUUAUAUAAAUGUAACAUAUUCUUUUUUUACAAUUGUAAACUUGCAGUGGGAGAGGAGCAUUUAGUGAAAUGGUUUUGCUUGAUUGUGGCAAUAUUAAACCUAUUUAGUCAUUAAAGUGCCCCUAUUAUGCCAUUUUUACGGUUCCUAAUAUUGUUUUGGGAGUCUCCU